UGGCCGGUCCAAAGAAAAAGGGAAAGUCGAAGAUGAAUGAGUCAAAAAAGACAGAAGCAAAGAAAACAGAGUCGAAGAGCACAGAGUUUAAGAAGACCACUCGAUCAUCACCCCAUCCAACUACCAUGAAUGUCAUUAGGGCAUUAAGAAAGACAAGGUCCUUAAACAACGAGACCCCCACUCCGUCGAGUUCUUACCCAGAAUCUGUAAAGAGGAAGCCCAUAUCUGAAAACUUACGAAAGGAGAUUUCCAAGAAAAGAAAAAGAGAAAAAGCUGUUAGCACUAGUGACAACAGUCAAGGACUAAAGCUACUCACGCGAGGCAGUGUGACGAUGCACCGAAUUCUAAGACGCAAGAUGUUGGGGGUCAAGCUUAACGUGUCUUUUAAUGCAAAAGGAGAGCCAUAUGGUAAAGCGGCGGGAGAGAUGCAGUCAUAUAUAGGAGUUCUGGCAAGAACUAAACCCCCAAUCUGGCAUGAUUCUUGGAAAUCUGUUCCUCAAGACACAAAGACAAAGAUUUGGGACUGAGUGCUGAUGGCUUUCACUAUACCUCCGUCAGCCAAGAAGAUGGUUUUAAGAUCCGCGUGUCAAAAAUGGAGGGAGUUCAAAUGCCGGCUGACCACACAUUAUAUUCUUCCUUAUCUAGAUCAACCAGAAUUGUUGGCAUAUCCUCCUGCAGACUAUUCUUUUAUAGAGAAAUCCCACUGGGACAUAUUUGUUGCUGAUCGCACGUCGAAGGAAUUUAUGAAAAUUCAUGAUGACCAAGUUGAAAAAAGGAUGCUGAGUUUAUAUCCACAUCGAAUGUCUCGAAAAGGUUAUGCUAACCUCGAGAAUGAAUGGUUUGAAUCUCAUCCAGAAGCGGAGGAGGUAGAUCGAUCAGAUACCUGGCUCGAGGCAAGGAAGGACAAAAAAGGAAAUUUUAUAAACGAUGCAGUUGUAAAAAAAGCUGAGGAAAUUGAAAAGUUAAAGGAGGAUGUUAAAGAAGGGAAAGUCGUAGUAGAAGGUGUUAACGAUAUUUUAACCAUGGCCCUUGGUAAGCCUGAGCAUGGAGGCAGAGUACGUGGUCAAGGAACCCACGUGAAGCAGUCGGUUUACUUUGAUCUUCCAAGGCAAAAGAAAGCAAGAACAAUGGAUGAACGUAUACAGGAGGGAGUUCAAAAAUUUAUGGCAGUGGAGACUCCAAGGAUAAUCAAAGAGAGAGAUGCAUUUUGGGCGGCAGAAAUUCAAAAGAUUAGAGCAGAAUUAUCAUUGACUAGGGGUGGAUGUCAUGAUAGUCCAAAACCCACUUUGCAGCAAGCAAGUUGUCACUCCAACGGUGCCGUUGUUAGGGAUGUAGGUGUCAGUGAUCCCAAUACACCUGAAACUGCAAAAAAGAUUUUUUCUACCGAAGAAGACAGAGCUGUUAACAAAGUUAAAAUGAUUGAUACUAUAUUUGUUGAUUUUGGGGAAGAGUUUCAAAAUAAUAACAAGGUGGCUAGUGAGGAUGAUUACAUGGUGGCUGAUCAGGAUGAUAAGAAGGUGGGUGGUGAUGAUGAUAAGAAAGUGGAUGGUGAGGAUGAUAAGAAGGUUGCUGUUAUGGAUGAUAAUGGUGUGCAUGUCGUUGAAAAAAAUGAAUUUGAGAAAGUGAAAGUGGAUGGUUCAGGUAGUUCUGACUGCAAAUUGGCCAUAGGAUCAUUGAGCAACAUUGUUGCUUUUGCAAAGAUGCAUGAAGUCCAUGUUCUUGAUGGACGUGAACAGACUAUCCAUGGAGUCAAACUUGGAGAAGCAAAUGCAAGAGUGUCAAUCACUCAAGUCAUUCAAGGCAACGCAAAGAUUCCCUUCCCCAUUGGUGAUGAAAUUGUUUCUGUACAAGAAGCCAUGGGAACUUUUAUUGCGUGGCCAAAAGACCUCAUAACUGUGGGAAACAAUAGCCUUAACCAGGUUUUUUCUGCUCCAAAGAGAGCCAAGAAAGGUCUUGCCAAGAAAAUAAAGAAGUCAAGCAAGUUAAUUGAUGAAUAUGUUGAACCAGAGCUUGUUGUGGACAUGGGUCCAAAUUAUCCAUCUGCAUUGAAUCGCUUGUGGACAUGGGCAAAAGAUUCGUUGAGUGAUGGCCGGACUAUUUCUUUUCAGUUGAGCAAAGAAGCAUUUGGCUUGACAAGAAAGCAGAGCAUAUUCUUAUCAGACAUACAUGCAGUCUGCUCUGGAGGUGAAAUGGCAGGGUCUGUAAUCUGCCUUUACAUUCACUUUUUAAAUGACUACGUGAAAAAGAAUAAGAUGUCGAGCAUGAUAAGCUUCGUUGAUCUGUGUACGAUUGGUGCCACUGGAUGCGGUACUGCAACGCAGAGGUCGCAUGCACUAGCUGCACGUUUUAAGGGUGCGAGAAAAGGGGAACACUUUCUCAUGCCUUACAAUGAUGUGAACCACUGGACGUUGUCUGUGGUAAAUCCGGAUGCAGAGAUAGUCUACUACAUGGACCCUCUUAAACGUCGAAUUGCAAAUGGUGAAUGGGUUGAUGUUGUCGACAAUGCCAUUAAGUUGUACAAGGAGGAUCUGAAUAAGGUUGUCAAGAAGAAAAUAUUAUGGGAGAACAUGGCGGGAGUUCCCGUGCAGACCGGGACCAAGGAUUGUGGGCUGUUUGUUAUGCGAUACAUGAAAGAAAUUGUUCAUGAUAAGGAGCUUGAGUUUGUUACUAAGUGGAUGCGUCGGUCGAAGUUAGUUUAUACCGCUGAUGAAAUCAACGAGAUCCGGAUUGAUUUUGCAAAGUACUUUAUGAAACGCCAUGCCACUUAGGUUUUAGAUCAGUUUCUUUGCUUUUGAACUAUUCGCUUUUGAACUAUUCAGGGAAGUGCAACUUUAAGUUUAUGUAGUUGGUGAAUUGUUAUGUAAAUUUGGAUGUGGCUACUUGAUGUUGGUUUGAAUGCCUGAAUAUUUGGUUUGUUGAACUUGUAGUUUAAGUAUGAUGAAUCUUGAACGCCAUAUAGUUUAUGGUCGUUGUUUUUAUUUUAGUUGGUUUGGUUGCGUAA